AUGGGCCCACCCACCCUCCUCAUUCCUCCAGCUUGGGCUCCACCCAGGCAGCACCCAUGGCCGAGCUCUGCAGUCCCUGAGGAAGAACUUGGCAUCAUGGCCACCCCGUCGUGUUGGGAGAAGGAGCUGAAGCAACAGGAGGGUGAGGUGCCCGCAGGGCCGAACAAUGAGGUCACCCCUGCUCCUGGCGACGCCCGCGGGACCGGCAACCGGGUCCCCACUGGCACCUGGAUCCCCACGGUCUCCAGCGACCGGUCUCUGUCAGGUGGCGGCGCCCCGCGAGUUGUCACAGCAGGUGCCUCUUCCUGCGCGGUGGCAGCACCCGGUGCCAUUUUGAUCGUUGCGGAGGACCCAGGGCCGCCCUCCAUGGACUGCGUGCAGUCGAGGGGUCGUCCUGAGCACCCGGGCAGCCCGAGUCCCCACGCAGAGCUAAGAUGCGUGAGGCCCGAGACGGCGCCUGCGGCGAGCGCAGACGCCAGGGGGCAAGCCACGAGCGGCGCUGGCCAGGCCGGCGGGCGUCCGACCCAGACCAGGAGCCCAGCGAAAGGCCGUGGGCGGAAGCGACCCGGCGGCGAAGAGGCUGUCGGGGCUCCAAAGCUUCCCGAGCCUGAGGGCUCCGCGCCUUUGCCGCCAUCUUCUCCAACGGCUCAGCCCAGCAGCCGCCGCUGCCGCCCUGCACCUCGGGCUUCUCCGUGCAGUCGCGCAUCCCAGCCAGGCCCAGCCCUCGGAAGCCAGGCCCUGCUCUCCGCACCAGGCUCUGUCCUCCCCAGUGAAGCAGCCAUGCCAGGCCCUGUCCUCCGAAGCCGCACCACCCUGCCAGGCCCUGCAUCCUGCCGCCGCCGCCGUGCACCUGCACCAGGCCCUGCACCGCUCCGCGAUGAAUCUGGGCCAGGCCCUGCUCUUUGCAGCCUUGGAUCCGCGCCAGGCCCUCAAGCCCGCCGCCGUGCGACUGCGCCAGGCCCUGCUAUCCGCCGCCACCGUGCACCAGAGCCAGGCCCAGCACGCCGCCGUCGUGAACCCGGGACAGGCCCUGCUCCCAGCAGUCGUCGAUCCGCACCAGUGCCUGCUGUUCGCUCCCGCGCAUCCAGGCCAGGCCAUGCUCUCGGAUGCGCUGCUUCUGAGCCAGCCGCUGCUUCCCCUAUGUGUGCAUCUGGGUCAGGCCCUGCCCGCAGCAACCACACCAGCCCACCAAUCCCUGCCCUCCGCAGCCGCACCACCCCGCUAAGCUCUGCCCUCCGCAGCGGGGGUACCACUCCAGCCUUUGUCCGCCUGAGCCGCCCCUCCCAGAGAGGAUCAUUGCCUACCAGCCGCCCCUCUCUCCCUGCGCCUGUUGGCCAGAGUCCUCCUUCCCCGGGGUCCGCCUUAGGAAGGCUUGUGUUCCCAAGCAACUCAGGCGUUCCUGAUCCUGAGGUCCCAAGCCUUCCUUCCCAGCCUGGCUGGCAUGCGGUCCGUAUGCGUGCCUCUUCACCCUCACCACCUGGUAGGUACUUUCCUUUCCCUGAGCAGUUUGGUGAGAGUUCCUCCCCCUCGCCGUCCUCCUCCUCUUCUUCCCCCUCUCCAUCCUCCUCCCCCACUAAUUUUUCUGGCCAGAGCUCCUCUUCCCCUAAGUUUUGUGGCUUGGGCUCCAUCUCCACUCCUAGCCCUGCUAGCCUUAGGCGUGCCUUCCUGCCGGAGGUUGAUGCCCUGACCCCUAUCUCUCCAGGAGAGCAGGCUGAAGUAGGGAGUAUCCCUUCACCCCCUACACCUCCUGUGUUGUGA